AUGGACCGCAGGAAAAGCGCCAGUGGAUCAGGAAGUCUCCAUCCAGAUGAUGGACAGAGUCACACCAGGGAGCAGAUCAAGGUGCAGCCAAUAAAGUCAUGGAAAGGUUACAUAUGGGAUACUUGGGAGCUUCCACCGGAGCAGCGCUGGCUGCUAUUCAAAGUCGAUGCCUUUGUCCUUACGUUUGCCUCAAUCGGUUACUUUCUAAAGAAUCUGGAUCUUAACAAUAUUAACAAUGCCUUUCUCAGUGGCAUGAAGGAGGACUUGAAUAUGUAUGGCAAUCAGCUGGUUACUAGCACGUCUAUCUACACCGUGGGAUAUGUAAUUGGGCAGAUACCGUCCAACCUUUUGCUGACCAGAGUCUCGCCUCGAUGGGUAAUUCCGGCGCUGGAGGUCGGUUGGGGGAUAGCCACGAUUUGUACGUCCAGCGUGCAGUCGUAUCGGUCACUAUAUGCCAUCCGCUUUUUAGUUGGUCUUUUCGAAUCCGGCUUCUACCCUGGUAUCCACUACCUACUCGGAUCAUGGUACACUCCACGUGAGAUAGGUAAGCGAGCGAUGGUUUUCUGGCUCGCCGGUUCGAUUGGAACGUUAUUCAGUGGAUUCCUGCAAGCAGCCGCUUAUACGAACCUGAACGGUGUUCACGGCCAUGCUGGCUGGCGCUGGUUGUUUAUCAUCGAUGGUAUCAUCACGUUACCGCUUGCCCUAGCCGGCUUCCUGUUCUUCCCUAACCUCCCGCAAGAUGGGAAGAAAACGUGGUGGACGACCGAAGAGGAGCAUGUCCUUUCGGUUAGGCGUAUGGAGGCUGUUGGCCGUGCAGGAAAAGAGCCGUGGACCGUCGCCAAGGCUAAGCGAAUCUUCCUCAGCUGGCAUACCUAUCUUCUACCUUUACUGUACAUCGUCUGGAAUAACGGUUACCCACAAGCCGGCAUGGGGUACUGGUUAAAGAGCUUCAACACGACCCCUCCUCCGGUGCCGGGUACAUCAUUUUCGGUGCCGCAGAUUAAUAACUAUCCUAUGGUUACGACGGGAAUUUUUGUUGUAGUAGCUUUGAGCUGGGGUUGGCUGUCCGAUGGGUGUCGCGGUAUACGGUGGCCUUUCAUCUAUGCGGGAGCCAUCAUCACGAUGAUUUUCUGUAUACUUCUGCGACAGAUGCCGCUCUAUGACAAUAUCAAGGGCCGUAUGGCUGUAUAUUGGCUGAGUAACAUUGGCAGCGGUGCUGGUCCGCUCAUCUUGAGUUGGAUCAACGAGAUCUGUUCAGCGGACACCGAGAAAAGAGCUUUAAUUGUCGGUUUAGCGAACGACCUUGCUUACGUCGUUCAGGCGGUGGCACCGAACUUUGUCUGGAAGACCACCGACUUCCCGGCUGCUAGGAAGGGCUAUUUAUGGGAUAUCGUCCUCCAGUGUCUACUCAUCGUUGUGACCGCUGCUAUCCAGGUUCAGCUCUGGCGGGAUAGAAGAAAGCCAUCUGUUAGCGAAGAGAACGAUGGCUUCUCAUCUGACUCUCAGAGCGACGAUCCACCACAGCAGGACAGUGAUGUUGAGCAGGGGAAGAUGGCCCGCACCGAGGUCGUCGCGGUACACAACUAA